GUCUUCCUCCCCCUCGCCCCGCCGGGGCCGCUUGUUGCACCGCCCCGCGGCCUGCGGGAGCCGCUCGGCCCGGCCCCGCGCCCGCACCCCCCCCUUCCGCUCGCCCCCCCCCCCCGGGCCCGCACCCCAGCCCGGCCGGCGAGACCCCGGCCCGACCCCGCCGCCCGCACAAAAUGUCGGCCCGGACGCCAUUGCCGACGGUGAACGAGCGGGACACGGAGAACCAUACAUCUGUGGAUGGAUAUACUGAACCACAUAUCCAGCCCACCAAAUCAAGUAGCCGACAGAACAUCCCUCGGUGUAGAAACUCCAUUACGUCCGCGGACGAACAGCCUCACAUUGGAAAUUAUCGUUUACAAAAAACAAUAGGGAAGGGAAAUUUUGCCAAAGUGAAAUUGGCAAGACAUGUUCUAACGGGUAGAGAGGUUGCUGUGAAAAUAAUAGACAAAACUCAGCUAAAUCCUACCAGUCUACAAAAGUUGUUUCGAGAAGUACGAAUAAUGAAGAUAUUAAAUCAUCCUAACAUAGUAAAAUUGUUUGAAGUUAUUGAAACGGAGAAGACCCUCUAUUUAGUCAUGGAGUAUGCGAGUGGGGGUGAAGUAUUUGAUUACUUAGUUGCCCAUGGAAGAAUGAAAGAAAAAGAGGCCCGUGCAAAAUUUAGGCAGAUUGUAUCUGCUGUACAGUAUUGCCAUCAAAAGUGCAUUGUUCACCGUGAUCUUAAGGCUGAAAAUCUUCUCCUUGAUGCUGAUAUGAAUAUCAAAAUUGCUGACUUUGGUUUCAGUAAUGAAUUUACAGUCGGGAACAAAUUAGACACAUUUUGUGGAAGCCCACCCUACGCUGCCCCCGAGCUUUUCCAAGGAAAGAAGUACGAUGGGCCUGAAGUGGAUGUGUGGAGCCUCGGCGUCAUUCUCUAUACAUUAGUCAGCGGCUCGUUGCCUUUCGAUGGCCAGAAUUUGAAGGAACUACGGGAGCGAGUCUUACGAGGAAAGUACCGUAUUCCCUUCUAUAUGUCCACCGACUGUGAAAAUCUUCUGAAGAAAUUAUUGGUGCUGAAUCCAAUAAAGAGAGGCAGCUUAGAACAAAUAAUGAAAGAUCGGUGGAUGAACGUCGGUCACGAAGAAGAAGAACUAAAGCCAUAUUCUGAGCCUGAACCAGAUUUCAAUGACACGAAACGGAUAGACAUCAUGGUCACCAUGGGUUUUGCGCGAGAUGAGAUAAAUGACGCCUUAAUAAAUCAGAAAUAUGAUGAAGUUAUGGCUACGUAUAUUCUACUAGGUAGAAAACCACCUGAAUUUGAAGGCGGCGAGUCGUUAUCUAGCGGAAGCUUGUGUCAGAGGUCACGGCCCAGCAGUGACCUGAACAACAGCAGCCUCCAGUCCCCUGCCCACCUGAAGGUCCAGCGAAGCAUCUCAGCAAACCAGAAGCAGCGGCGUUUCAGUGAUCAUGCUGGGCCCUCCAUUCCCCCUGCCGUGUCAUACACCAAGAGGCCUCAGGCUAACAGCGUGGAGAGUGAACAGAAAGACGAGUGGGACAAGGACUUAGCUCGGAAACUUGGCAGCACUACGGUUGGGUCAAAAAGUGAGGUGACUGCAAGCCCUCUUGUGGGGCCAGAAAGGAAAAAGUCGUCAACUAUCCCGAGUAGCAAUGUCUAUCCUGGAGGUAGCAUGGCAAGAAGGAACACGUAUGUGUGUGAAAGGAGUGCAGAUCGAUACGUGGCGUUGCAGAACGGAAAAGACAGCAGCCUUACGGAGAUGUCCGCAAGUAGCAUAUCUUCUGCAGGCUCGGCUGUGGCUUCUGCUGUCCCCUCGGCUCGACCACGCCACCAGAAGUCUAUGUCCACUUCCGGCCACCCUGUUAAAGUUACACUGCCAACCAUCAAAGACGGCUCUGAAGCUUACCGGCCCGGGGCAACCCAGCGAGCGCCUGCUGCUUCCCCAUCUGCUCACAGUAUUAGUGCCAGCACCCCAGACCGAACCCGCUUCCCCCGGGGGAGCUCUAGCCGCAGUACUUUCCACGGCGAACAGCUCCGGGAGCGACGCAGCGCGGCACACAACGGGCCACCCGCUUCCCCUUCCCACGAGACGGGCGCCUUCGCGCACGCCAGGAGGGGAACGUCAACGGGUAUAAUAAGCAAAAUAACAUCCAAAUUCGUGCGCAGGGAUCCAAGUGAAGGCGAAGCCAGUGGCAGAACAGACACCUCAAGAAGCACGUCAGGGGAACCGAAAGAAAGAGACAAGGAAGAGGGUAAAGAUUCUAAGCCACGUUCUCUGCGGUUCACGUGGAGUAUGAAGACCACUAGUUCCAUGGACCCCAAUGACAUGAUGAGAGAGAUCCGGAAAGUGUUAGAUGCGAAUAACUGUGAUUAUGAACAAAAAGAGAGGUUUUUGCUUUUCUGUGUCCACGGAGACGCGAGGCAGGACAGCCUCGUGCAGUGGGAGAUGGAAGUCUGCAAGUUGCCACGCCUGUCCCUCAACGGGGUCCGCUUCAAGCGGAUAUCUGGGACAUCGAUUGCCUUCAAGAACAUUGCAUCUAAAAUAGCAAACGAGCUUAAGCUGUAAAGAAACUCAAAUUUACAGGAUCAGGGAAGAUAACGUUCACAUAUGAGGUACAGUUUUUGAAUGUAUUGGUAAUGCCCAACGUGAUUGGCCUGUGAAUCUCCCCAUGUAGAAUUUGCCCUUAAUGCAAUAAGGUUAUACAUAGUCAUGAACUGUACAAUUAAAGUCAGUAUGAAGUAUAAUAUCUGUAGCUAAAAAAGUAGGUUCACAUGUACAGGUAAGUAUAUUGUGUAUUUCUGUUCAUUUUCUGUUCAUAGAGUUGUAUAAUAAAACAGAUGAUUGCUUAAAAACUUGUAUAGUUGUCUAGAUUUCUGCACAUAAAUGUAUGUUCGACGCUUUCGGUUGGAAGUGUUCUUCCCUGUUAUUUACAUUCUGGUGGGUUUUUUAAAUUCUUACCUCCAUCAUGCAGUUUUGAAAAUUGUGUCCAGAAUUAAAAGUGCACAGAAAUAGUCUUUAAAAUUGUAGCAUGGACUUUUAAAAAUUAUUUUUCAAUCAUAUUUAAAUGUAAACCACAAGCUGAUAGAUCAGCUUUACUAUACACAGAAUUAUUCCUGCUUAUCUUUGCUCUUACCCUUGUUCUCAGACAAGGUUUAGUUGAGAAAAUACAAAAUGUUUACAGUGUUGGCACUUAGAGUUUUUCAGAUAAAUUACACGAAAAUAAUAAUAGCUUUGCCUUGAGCUAGCUAAGAAAUACUGGGGGAAAAGUUAAACCUAUAUCCAAUUCCUCUUAAACUUUAGAGUGUUUUCUGGCCCACUGCUAAAUGUAGCAGCAGAAUUAAAAAGAAUCAGUACUUCAUCUGGCUCUUGUAACGUAAACUGUCGCUGAAUACCGCAACGUGAUGGCAGAAAUCUAAGAACAUCGGGACUGUCUCAUAGCACAAACUCAUCUUCACAGUGUUGAUCGAUGCAUCGGUUAAGAAAUAAUGCCACCUCAGGAAAUAACUGGCAUUGGGAACAUUUGCCUCUUCUCCUUUCCUCUCCAUCCACCCCCGACCCAGUAGUAUCUGUAAGUACUUAAGAGACUUUUGAGCAAAUCAUGCUAUUUAUAACAGUGUGUUAUUGAUUUACGCUUAUGUGACUGUUCAGUUUGUUCCCACGUAACCUGUUUGUUUUUCAUAUUUUGCCAGAUCUCUUGUAUUUAUUCCACAUCGUUAUGCCUAUAACGUGCAGCUUUGUAAUUGGGCGUUUGCCUAGUUUUCUUUCAUGAUCAGUGAUACAUGCGAUGUAAAACCACUAGUAAAGGUACAUUUUAAUACUUGUUAUUUUAUACUGAAUUAGCCUUGGAGGUUGACUGUGCAAUGUUAUUUAAUGUUGUAAUUACUGUAAUAUCGACAUAUGGGCCCCAUCUGCGCACUCCUGAGAAACAGAAAGCGCAUCCAAGCUUCAUCGGUUUAGGAGAGAAUAAAGGUGUGGUAAAUACUGUAAUUCUGCAGUAGAGCGCUCCACGUGUGGGAGACGAGACGUGCCGUCCCGUGGUGGCUUCCCGACUGGGGUGGACUUUACGUUCUGUACUGUACUGUGACGUAGCUUCCUUCUGUAACAGUUCUGUUCUAAAAUGAAGUGUAUUUUUGCCUUAGCAAAGGAUGGUGUUUGGAAAAAAACAAAAAACAAAACUGUGUAGCCCCUUUUUAACCUAGUGUUCGUUCAGAAAAAUUGAUGCAAAUCUCCAUUCACUCUCACUGGUGCACACUGAAGUUUUACUUGAACGGUUCUCCUAAUAAAGCACUUGUCUUCUGCUCUUUA